AUGUCUCGUGAUGAACCCUUCUCCUCUGAUGUCUCCGGAAGUGAUAGUGGACAAGAAGAGACGGAUUCAUACCCUUUCCCAUUGAAGAACACACCAGCAGACGAGGUUGAAAUCGAGUCAAAGAGAAAAGGAAAAAGCAUUUAUCAGAACUAUGAAAUCCUUGGAAGAAUCCUGGAGCGGCAUGAAGAGACCAUACAGAAGCGGUGGCUCAAGAAAAACAGAAAGCAACGGCUCGAGGUCCUUCUCACUGCAUGGCCAGACAUGCCACCGACCCAUCGGCCUUUUUAUGACCUUUGGAGACAUGUAGACACGGAUCCCGAGGUCAAGUUCAAGCAACAUAGUUCCAUCUUGCGGCCUUAUAUCAAUAAGGAGUCCCUUGGCAAGCCCACGCCGUUCCUCUUACUUCUCAAUUCUAGAGGCCGUCACCCGCCUCCCUUGUUCCUCGAUAAGGAUCACCAAUACUUCCACAAAGCAAUACAGACCGAAAUGGUAGUGAAAAAGCCGUACCCUACAGAAGACAUGAGUAUGCUACUCCGCGGCGUUCCCGAAGACGAUUAUGGGAUCGACUAUGCCUGGCCAACAUCUACCCUCUAUGGCAAGGAGUGGCCGGUGUGGCAGUACUCUACCGCAUCGGGCAUAGUGAUUCUAGAGGUACAAGAGCGCUUGAUGGACUUCCUUGUCAAGUGUUGCUAUCGAAUCCUGCACGAAAUUGAGCCGCACAACUUAUUCAGUGAUGUUCAUCCUGUUCAGCCCGAACCCGAGCUUCCUUCGACUACGCAGACUGAAGGAUUACAGACCUCCCUUCUCGAGAUUACCUUUGAAGCACCUUACCGUGUGCCAACUCGGCUCAACUUUGCCAAUCUUGAAAAGCUAUUUGCGGCUAGGGCCGCCGCUGCAGAGGAUCACGUAUGGGCGAUGCGCGAGGAUCCCAAUUACUUUGCCGAACACAUCAGUGACAUGUACGAUCAUGUGCUACUCAUCGGCGAUACGAGAGAACAUAAAAGCAAAUGGGGAGCAGCCAUUGGUGAGGUUCUGGCUAACGCAUACACAAUGAUUGAGGUUUUCACUGGAGCUCAUCGAAUUACUAAACGCCUGUGUCAACUGCAAGAAAAAUAUGCGAGUGUUGUAACCCCUACCGAGAAACUGCCCGAUGAAUACAACAAUCAGAUUCGCCAUUUCCUUUCUUUCGUCCUUACUAUGAGAGAGGUUAUUUUUCUGCCAAAGCUCGAGCUCUUGGUCAAGCGUUCCCCCCCGUUCCGAGCUGCUAUGACCCUUUGGCGCUUUCGUCCUGAGGACAGGGAUAGGCCUCUGACAUAUAACGAGCAAUUUUGGCUCAAGUGGGUGGUCGGGCAUCUAUAUGAUUCGAGGGGCAUGCUUGAUAACGAGAAUGACGUGGUUCCUGAUAUCUUUGCAAUGAAUAUGGUCGUGGAUGAUCUGGAACUACAGAUGGAAAGGGAUAAGACAAUUCGCGACUUGCUAUCACCAACUUCCCAUGCCAUGAUGGGUGACUUCACUAUAAUCAUCCAGACUUUGCAUGCGCUCGAGCGUUUCGAGCCGUGGAAUCGAGGUUUCGGUGGUGAGGCUGACGAUGAUUCUAUGGACUGGUCGACGGAUUCUAUCAGAGCCAGGCUUAGCAUUUUGGAACAAAUUCACGAAGCUUUUGAAAGCACUCCCGCGCCCGCUCUUCUCCCGUUUGUCGAAAAUAAGCUGGGGAAAUUUACAUAUCCGGAACGCCGACGCAGGAACAAGGAGACCGUCGAGAUGAUGCGUCGAGCAGAGUCCAAUCUAGAUGCUUUCUGGGCCAGAGCAGACCGGUAUCUCUACGAUUGGACAAAGAACGUGAAUGACAGCCCGUGUUUUGCAGAGGGCACCUGA